UUUCAGACUCAGACCUUGUAGUUGUAUCUCUCUCUCCCACUCAUACCUCGUCACAGUGACAGUGCCAACUCUCUCUCUCUCUCUCUACGUGUUGAAAGCUUAGCUCAGUGAUGAAGGACCAACUUCAAGAAUCACUCUUUCAAAUUCAAUCUUAAUGAAGCACAGAUCUUUAGCCAUCCAUCUUACUUCUUUCUUGUGGUGAAUUCAAAAAACUACUGUUCGAUCUUGAAGGCUUUUCUUUUGGUUGAAUUUCGAGUGGCAAUUAUUCCUAAAAGGGGAUAGUGUAAGGUCUCUCUAGUGAUAUGAUAGUUCAGGAAAAUAAUGGAGGAAAGCAUCAAUACAGGGGAAUUUCAGGCUAAUUUGGCUAAACCCUCUUCAUUGAGGUUAGGUGGAAGUUUUAAAUCAACAUUGUCUGGAAGAUCUCCGAGAAAUUCCCCUUCAUUUCGGCGACUGAAUUCCGGCCGAACGCCAAGAAAAGAGGGAAGGAGCAGUGUAGGUGGUGCACUGUGGUUUCGGAGCAAUAGAUUACUUUUGUGGUUGCUUCUAAUUACCCUCUGGGCUUAUCUUGGAUUCUUUGUUCAGUCUAGGUGGGCUCAUAGUGAUAAGAAGGAGGAAUUUUCUGGCUUUGGAACCGGGCCAAGGAACACCAACUCUGAUGCUGAACAGAGUCAGCGCCGUGAUUUGAUUGCUGGUGAUAAUUCCUUAUCUGCUGAUAAUGAAACUGUUGCAAACAUAGCAGGGUUUAGUAAAACUAUGAAUGUAGCUUUGGCCAAGAAAGAUAAUGAUGUUCCAUCUCGUCGUAAAACAAGCUCAAAGAAGAGAAGCAAGAGCAGACGUGCUUUGAAAGGUAAAUCACGUGGCAGGCUGAAACCAAUUACAGUAGUUAAGAACAGUGAUAUAGAGGAGCAGGAGCCAGAAAUUCCUACAACCAAUAGUACAUAUGGAUUGCUUGUUGGUCCAUUUGGCUCAGUGGAGGAUAGGAUACUGGAAUGGAGUCCUGAAAAGCGUUCUGGGACAUGUAACAGGAAGGGGGACUUUGCACGUCUGGUUUGGUCCAGAAGAUUUAUCUUGAUAUUCCACGAGCUUUCCAUGACUGGAGCUCCACUUUCAAUGAUGGAGUUGGCAACUGAGCUUUUGAGCUGUGGGGCUACUGUUUCAGCUGUUGUGCUUAGCAAGAAGGGUGGUUUGAUGUCAGAGCUUUCUAGGAGACGAAUAAAGGUGCUUGAUGAUAAAGCAGAUCUCAGCUUCAAAACUGCAAUGAAGGCUGAUAUUGUCAUUGCUGGUUCAGCUGUCUGUGCAUCAUGGAUUGAACAAUAUAUUGAACAUUUUCCAGCUGGUGCAAGCCAAGUUGCUUGGUGGAUAAUGGAAAAUCGACGCGAGUACUUUGAUCGUUCAAAGGAUGUCUUGCACAGAGUAAAGAUGUUGGUUUUUCUUUCUGAAUCACAGUCUAAGCAAUGGCAAAAAUGGUGUGAAGAGGAAAGCAUAAAACUGAGAUCCCAACCUGAAAUUGUUCCAUUGUCUGUUAAUGAUGAACUGGCGUUUGUUGCUGGUAUUCCUUCAACACUUAACACACCAUCCUUUAGUACUGAGAAAAUGGUUGAGAAAAGACAGUUAUUGCGAGAAUCAGUCCGAAAAGAAAUGGGCAUAACUGAUAUUGAUAUGCUUGUGAUAUCUCUUAGUAGCAUCAACCCUGGGAAGGGCCAGCUAUUGCUUCUUGAAUCGGCAAUCUCAGUACUUGAACAAGGACAGUUUCAAGAAGAUAAGAAAAUGAAAAAAGUAUCAAAUAUAAAGGAAGGCCUAUCUACCCUGGCCAAAAGACAUCGUAUUAGAAAAUUGUUGCCGUCGCUGAAGAAUGGCAAAGUAGCUUCGAAUAAUAUCUCGAGCAAUUCUUUAAGCAGGAAACAAGUGUCGCCUAAUGACAAAGGAACAAUGCAACAAUCUCUCAAACUACUCAUUGGUUCUGUUGGAUCAAAGAGUAACAAGGUGGAUUAUGUUAAAAGCCUUCUAAGUUUCUUAGAACAGCAUCCAAACACCUCGAAAUCAAUUUUGUGGACUCCAGCCACAACACGGGUUGCCUCACUUUACUCUGCUGCAGAUGUUUAUGUUAUAAACUCUCAGGGACUUGGAGAAACAUUUGGAAGGGUGACUAUAGAAGCGAUGGCGUUUGGUCUUCCGGUCCUCGGAACUGAUGGUGGGGGAACAAAGGAGAUUGUUGAGCACAAUGUUACAGGUCUUCUUCAUCCUACCGGGCAUCCAGGGAACCAAGUUCUUGAGCAGAAUAUGCGGUUUUUACUCAAAAACCAGUUGGCAAGGAAGCAAAUGGGAGUGGAAGGAAGAAAGAAGGUGCAGAGGAUGUAUUUGAAGCAACACAUGUAUAAGAAAUUUGUAGAGGUUAUUGUUAGGUGCAUGAGAAGCAAAUAAGUGCCUACUUGCAAUGCAAUGCUCCCAUUCUUUUAUUCCAUUGCACUACUGUUAGUUUCUUUGUACUGCUACUGAGGCCAAUUUAUGACAAAGUUUACCAGCUC